AUGUGAACCGUUGGUUUUUUCCGCCGCAUCUCAAGCUCAAAAGGCAGAAGAAGAAGCGCAUUCGAAAGCAGAAAGCUCAAAUUUCAAAAGCUUCUUUUCCAAAGCUUUGUGGCGUAAAAUUCCACGCCAGAACCCUAAAAAUUCUGACUCAAACAACCCUCGAUCGAUCUAUCUUCUUCUUCAUACUCGCCGACAUCCUCGAUCGAUCUCAUUUCCUCUCCUCUCCUGAGGUUUCGCCUCUGAUUUCCACCGAUUCGAACCUGAUCUGAGGAUUAUAGCGGUAAGAUUUAUCGUAUCAGAGCAUUGGACAGUUUGGUUGUUUAAGGAAUGGCAUUUGCGUCUUCAUUCAACAGUGUCGGUUUUGUUAAUCCGGGCCAAUAUACUUCAUCUCCAGAUGGAGACCGUUCCUUAUACAGUUUUGAUUGUUUGAGAUGGAGAGGAUAUGGGAGAUGCAGGAGAAAGAUUGGUUUCUCCACUGAAGUCAGGGCUCUUGUUACAAAUCCAGAGAUAGAUUUUAAGGAUCCAGACUGGAAGAAGCGGUUUCAGGAGGAAUUUGAGGACAGGUUCAAUUUGCCACAUUUGAGGGAUAUCUUUGACCUAAAGCCAAGGCUGACAACAUUCUCCCUCAAAAGCAGAGGUGCUCAAGUAGUGGAUGGUGUAAUUACUCCAGAGGAAAGGCAAAAUGGAUAUGUGAAUGAUGAUGAUAGGGCACUUCUAAAGGUUAUAAAGUACUCAUCGCCAACUUCGGCUGGAGCUGAGUGCAUUGAUCCUGAUUGCAGCUGGGUUGAGCAAUGGGUGCAUCGUGCAGGGCCACGUAGGCAAAUAUACUUCGAACCCGAGGAAGUUAAAGCUGGAAUUGUUACUUGUGGAGGGCUCUGUCCUGGUCUCAAUGAUGUAAUUAGACAGAUAGUAAUUACACUUGAAAUCUAUGGUGUUAAGAGGAUUGUUGGAAUCCCAUUUGGUUACCGCGGGUUUUCUGAUGAGAGCUUGGUUGAAAUUCCGCUUUCACGCCAAGUGGUUCAAAACAUUAAUCUUGCUGGUGGAAGUUUGUUGGGAGUUUCUCGUGGGGGGCCCAGUGUCAGUGAUAUUGUAGAUAGCAUACAGGCCAGGGGAAUUAAUAUGCUUUUUGUUCUGGGUGGCGAUGGCACCCAUGCAGGGGCCAACUCAAUUCAUAAUGAGUGCUGGAAGAGAAGGAUGAAAGUUUCUGUUGUCUGUGUCCCGAAAACGAUUGAUAAUGAUAUACUUUUGAUGGACAAGACAUUCGGAUUUGAUACUGCUGUAGAAGAAGCUCAACGGGCAAUCAAUUCUGCAUAUAUUGAGGCACGUAGUGCUUACCAUGGCAUUGGAUUGGUGAAAUUAAUGGGAAGAAGCAGCGGUUUCAUAGCUAUGCAUGCAUCACUUUCCAGUGGACAGAUUGAUGUCUGUUUGAUUCCUGAGGUACCUUUUAAUUUGGAGGGUCCAUAUGGUGUCUUGAGGCAUCUCGAGCAUCUGAUUCAGACUAAAGGAUCAGCUGUCAUUUGUGCGGCUGAAGGAGCAGGGCAAGAUUUGCUAAAUAAGUCGAAUGCUACAGAUGCAUCAGGGAAUGUGGUACUCGGAGAUAUAGGUGUACAUAUUCAACAGCAGAUCAAAAGGCAUUUCAAGGAGAUAGGACUCCCAGCUGAUGUCAAGUACAUAGAUCCAACUUACAUGAUACGAGCAUGUCGUGCAAAUGCAUCUGAUGCUAUCCUCUGCACUGUUCUUGGCCAGAAUGUUGUUCAUGGUGCAUUCGCGGGGUACAGUGGCAUUACGGUCGGUAUAUGCAACACCCACUAUGUCUACCUGCCCAUUCCAGAAGUCAUCAAAUCUACGAGAUUCGUGGACCCCAACAGCCGGAUGUGGCAUCGAUGCCUUACGUCUACAGGCCAACCAGACUUCCUCUGAUUUUCCAACAAAGCUCCAGAUUUUUUCACUGCAGAGAAGCUACGGCUGGCAGAUCAGUGCAGUCACCAUUUUCUUUUCUCUGGAUGUCAUUGCAGGACCUCAAAUCCUCAAUGAAUGCUGAUAGUUAAGAGGGGUGGUGGUGGUGGUGGAGUUAUUUCUAAAUAAGGGUUGGGGUCCAACAAUUUUGUACUUAUCAGGUUAGUAGAUGAUCUUAUGUUUGAUUAAGUCAAUGAUUAUCCAAAUGUAUUUUGAGUGUCUGAUGGGACAUUAUUUGGAUAGUUAUGGCAACUGAAUAAAAUAUGUACUGAAAUAAUUAAAUUCUUUCCAGUAAUUAUCUUUUAAGAAAAAAAAAGAUAUUUGUUUAGAUGAUUCCAA